AUGAAUGGAAAAUUCAGAGGCAAACGGUUAAGGGUUAGGAGUUGGUGGCGCUGGGUCGAGCGAUUGUCGUUGCAGGGGACUUGUCGGGCAUCUGAAGUUUUAGAGGCUAUUAAGUGGAUUAGACCAAAUGGCCUAAUAGAAUUGGACAGUUCAGGCACCUGGGCAGCACAAACGGGCAGUUUGGGUAGACGGACAGCUCGUUGGGCAGUGAUGGGCAACAAGACACCACCUCUAUAUAAAUGGGUGAGUCGAAAAAUCCCCGAUAUUGAGUUUGUGCAGGACGACGAUGACUUCGGAGAUCUUUAUACAGACGUCCUUCGGCCUCUGACGGCGACGCAUCCGACUCACGCCGACCGAACCGUCGACGAGACGUCCCCCCAGAGCCGCUCGAUCGAUCCGCCUAUCAACAGCGAUGAUGAGGAGACUCUCCAUGGAGCUGCCGAUUUGAAGGAUCCGUGCCUAAUAUCGAAUGCCUUAAUUCAAGAAAAAACCCUACCCAAACCGGAUCGCCUGUCCGAACAUGGAGGAUUCAAUUUGAAUAUCGGUUCCAAUUCGAGGGCUUCUAAGCUUCCUGGCGAUGGUGGCGUGAGGUUGGAAGCCACCACGGUGGAAAUACGGGAAACGGGUUCUUCAGGGGGAUUCAAUUUUUUGGAGGACGAAGAUGAUCUGGACAUCGUGGUGGAGGAGAGAGACUACAAACACGAUGACAUGGUCGAGAAAGACGUCAACGUUAUGGACAAACAAAAGAAGUUCAGGGAAAACACGAGUGCGGCCCAAGGUCCAGGUGGAAAAACGGGCCCUGACCAGAAGAUUCCGGGGCUGGGUCCCAAUUUUGCAGACGAGUGGGAAAGUGAUGACAGUGAAGAUGAUCUGCAGAUAGUUUUGAAUGAUAGCCACCACGGGCCAUUGGGGAUGGAAAAGAUGCAGGGAAUGGACGUUGAAGAUGGUGAUGAGGACGGAGAUCAGUUGGUAAUCGUUGCGGAUAAUGGUGAAAUGGGCCACCACCACCAGCCAAUUCUCGAUGAGAGAGAGCUGGGAACUGAGGAAGGAGGGCCAACAGCCGAUGGGGAGAGGAAGGAGUCAGGUGAUGCCACUAAGGCUGGUGGAGUUCAGCCGAAGAUUGGGUACAGCAAUCACUUGUACCAUCACCACCCAUUCCAUUCGCAGUUCAAGAAGUUUUACAGUAUCAAUGCCUCUGGUUCUAGUUGUUUGGUAGAGUUGCCUUUCUUCUUGAUCAAUAACUAUGUGAGACCUGGUGCAGCACCAUUGCCAGGGGGAAUUCAAGGUCUAGUACGUCCACCCGUUACUGUGGGCCCUGGAGCUGGACGUGGUAGAGGUGAAUGGAGACCAAGAGGCCCUGUCCCCAUGCAAAAGGGGCUUCAUCCUGGUUAUGGCAUGCCUGGUUGGGGACCUAAUACGGCAGGACGUGGUUAUGGAAGUGGAUUGGAUUUCACCCUUCCAUCACAUAAGACAAUUUUUGAAGUUGACAUUGAUGGGUUUGAAGAAAAACCAUGGAGGCUUCCAGAAAUUGAAAUGUCAGACUUUUUUAACUUUGGCUUGAAUGAGGAGGGUUGGAAAGAUUACUGCAAACAACUGGAACAACUCCGUCUUGAGACGACUAUGCAAGGCAAGAUCCGUGUCUAUGAAAGUGGAAGGAUGGAACAGGAUUACGAUCCAGAUCUUCCCCCCGAGCUUGCGGCAGCAGUUGGUAACCAAGAAGUUCCAUCCGAGAAUGGAAAUGCUGGGGCGGGAGAAGCAUCUGACUUAGCAAGAGGAAGUGCAGCUCUGCCAUCAGUUCCUGUUGGCCGGUCAAUACCAGUAGAGACUGGCUCUGGUGAUCGUCUCCCAUCAACUGACACCAGGCGUCCGAGAAUGCAUGAUGCAGAUGCUAUUAUUGAGAUUGUCUGUCAGAGUUCCAAUGAUGAUGACAUGGCAGAACAACAAGACAAUGAUGUUGUUGGAGAGGAUAUUGGAGGAGUUGACGAUAUUGAUGUUGUUCAAGAGGAUGAUGCAGGUCAUGUUGAUCAUUCUUCACAUGCGUAUAAAGAAGGUGAGAACAAAGAAAUUGUUGCGAGAAAGAAGCAGAUUGCAAGCCGUGAUGAGCUAGGAGGCAAGGGUGAUCCUCGUGAACAAAGGUACACAAAGGGUACCAGGCAGGCAAAAUCACCUACGAAGACGAACCCCAGUGAUGACGAUGAUGGAGACAAACAGGAUGGAAAACAAAACCCGGUUUUGUCAUCUGAAGAUGCCGAGCCGGCCGUGGCCAUUGAGGAUGAUGACACCAACGGUGACUCCACAAUGGACGACGAGAAAAGCCUUGAUGAUGACAAGGAGAGAGAAAACUCCAAGUUUGGGGGCAUUGCUAGAUCAAAAUCUAGAUGUAGCGCGGAUCACUGGCGGAAGAGGGACAGAGUCGAGAGAGAUGAGGGACUGAGGCCGAGGGAGAGGGACGAUUUCGUAAAAACCCAACAUAGAAAAGCGGACGACGCUCACAACAAGCGAAGGAAAGACAGGACGUAUUCCGACCGUGGGAGUGUUGCCGGAAAGGAAGAGAAAUCCUACAGUCAUAACAGAGAGAGCAGUCGUAGGAAGAGAGAAAGAGAUGAUGAUGAUGCCCGUGCAAAGUCAAAGGAUGACGAUACUUAUUACGGCAGACAAAAAGAAGUGACAGGUGCACGGGCUCCUGAAGACAAAAAGUGGAUCGGUAAUUCGCGUGGGAAAGACGAUUACAAAGGAUCUGGAAGAGAUUACCGCUCGAGAAACGUGGAUCGGCUCAAGAGAAGGGAUCGAGUUGAAGAUAAUAGCUUUUCAAGGAGUAGGGGCCGUGAGGAUGCUCAUGCACGUGGAAGCCGUCAAGGUAGUAAGGACGAAAAGAGGACAGCAAAUGAGAGACUUGACCGUGAAGUCUAUGCUUCUGAUAUUUCUUCUAGGCAGCAUGAACAUAAUAGGCAGAAAGUGGGAAGUAGGAAGGAUAUGGAAUUUGAAAGUGGGGAACAUAGUUCCUUGAAUCCUUCUGAGAGGAACCACAAUGAUGGGCAUAGCGGCCAGAUGAGUGAGAUGUUUAUGCUUUUUGAUAAGCUAAUCACAUACUUUUCCAGAAUAUCUGAUGACGCGAACUUGAGAGCCAAAACCGAGCAGUCAAAUCCCGAGACCAACCGCCAGCUCUCAAGAAAUGACGGAGAAGAAGCUUCCUCAGACGAUGAGCACCGUACAAACUCCAAAAGAGGACGCUCCAAAUUCGAGCGCUGGACUAGCCAUCAAGAGAAGGAUUUCACUACAACCUCGAUUUCGUCACCAUCUUCUUUUAAGAACACCAAUAAAGACUCGGACACACCAAACAGCACCUUGGCUUCUUUGGCGAAAAACAUGGAAUAUAAUAAGUCCGAGGCCUUUGCCCACGAUAAAGACGCGAAUGCAAAACCAGUGAUUGACGAUAAUAGACACAUGGACACGGUGGAGAAACUUAAGAAAAGGAGUGAACGUUUUAAACUUCCUAUGUCAGGCGGAAAAGAAUCUGUGGCUGUUAAGAAGGUGGAGCGUGAGUCUCUGCCUUCUUCUGCACAAACUGAAAUCCAACUGGAUUUGGAGAUCAAGCCCGAACGCCCGGCCCGUAAAAGGAGAUGGACUGGAAAUUAA